AUGAAUUAUACAAUCCGAAAGACUCAAAGGUAUCUAUCUAUCUAUCUAUCAAUUUAUCUAUCUUAUCCUGUUCAUAUCUAUCUAUCUAUCUAUCUAUCUAUCUAUCAUAGCCUGUUUAUAUCUAUCUAUCUAUCUAUCUAUCUAUCUAUCUAUCUAUCUAUCUGUUAUGUACAAAUACAAGCCUCCACUGCGAAAACACUCCACAACACUAUCUAUCUAUCUAUCUAUCUAUCUAUCUAUCUAUCUAUCUAUCCCUGGCUAGCAAUAACUUUCAUCUCUUUUGAUAAUAAACCACGAGGAAGACCACAAUCGAUUAUCACGCAUGAUCAAUUGAAUACUUUGCCUGUUCAUAUCUAUCUAUCUAUCUAUCUAUCUAUCUAUCUAUCUAUCUUAGACUGUUCAUAUCUAUCUAUCUAUCUUAGCCUGUUCAUAUCUAUCUAUCUAUCUAUCUAUCUAUUUAUUUUAGCCUGUUCAUAUCUAUCUAUCUAUCUAUCUAUCUAUCUAUCUAUCUAUCUUAGCCUACUGUUCAUAUAUCUAUCUAUCUAUCUUACCUGUUCAUAUCUAUCUUAUCUAUCUAUCUAUCUUAGCCUAUCUAUCUAUCUAUCUAUCUAUCUAUCUAUCUAUCUUAGCCUGUUCAUAUCUAUCUUAGCCUACUGUUCAUAUCUAUCUAUCUAUCUUAGCUCUAUCUAUAUAGACUAUAUCUAUCUAUCUAUCUAUCUAUCUAUCUAUCUAUCUAUCUAUCUAUCUAUCUAUCUUAGCCUGUUCAUAUAUAUCUAUCUAUCUAUAUCUAUCUAUCUUAGACUGUUCAUAUCUAUCUAUCUAUCUAUGAUCUAUCUAUCUAUCUAUCUAUCUAUCUAUCUAUCUUAUCUGUUCAUAUCUAUCUAUCUAUCUUAG